CAGGGGCGGGGCCUGUGCCAGUCUCUCCUCCGGCAGGUGCUGCGCUUGACGUCCGGCUCCCCUCCAGUGUCCAGCAUGCCGGGUCCGACCCCCAGCGGCACGAACGUGGGCUCGUCGGGACGGUCCCCCAGCAAGGCAGUGGCCGCCCGUGCGGCGGGAUCGACGGUUCGGCAGAGGAAAAAUGCUAGCUGUGGGACAAGGAGCGCUGGCCGCACAACCUCGGCGGGCACCGGGGGCAUGUGGCGGUUCUACACCGAAGACUCCCCCGGGCUCAAAGUUGGCCCCGUUCCUGUGCUGGUUAUGAGCCUUCUGUUCAUCGCUUCUGUGUUCAUGUUGCACAUUUGGGGCAAGUACACUCGUUCAUAGACUCAGCUAUACUCAUCCGUCAUCCGAAGAAAAAAACAACCCAGCAGAUCUUGGACCAAAAAUAUAAUGAUUUUUCUGUGCACGAGAAAGUUUCUGUAAGCUUAUUGUUUUACAGGGAGUAUACGAAUUAAUGUUGAAGAAUCUGUUUUUUUUCUACAACUAAUAAACUUUUUAAUUCGUUUA